GAGCACCAUUCAAACUCGAGAACUUUCACUUUGAGUAGGACUGUGGCUUCAGCUCUGGAAUCGCAUUGCUGCCCGAGCGCACAAUCAUAUUGCUGAGAAAACAUAAACUGUUACAGAUGGAUUAACAUUUAUUUGAGAUCAUUAUUAUCAGAGAUCUUUUUUUUUUUAAGUCCAGAAGGUUUACACUUUCGAUUUUAUGAACAUGUGGAAGCUGUAAAUUCAUUGAUCCGUUUAAUUAAAUCCACAGCGUGCAAUGCUUACCUGGACAUUAUGAAGAUAGACCAAUGUAUUUUACGCUGUUGGGAAAGUAUUCAUUGUUAAAUAAAUUCUUGUCGCGUAAAUUCAAGCACUAGAUAUUUCGCGUGACUGUGUAUAGAAAAAAAGCCACAUUUAAAGACACCAGCUUAGAUCGGUAAUUUUAUUUUUGACACAAAUAUGGACCGUUUGUGGAUUUCAGUUUUAGUUUUUUUAACCAUUGCACUAGUACGUAUGUGUGAUUGUCAGAAGAACUCGACAGGUGGUGGACAGAAGAUGUGGGAAAAGCACCGGGCGCGAGCGAGGAGCCAAGGUCACCUCGCUGGGGAAGCAAGGGAAGCUGUCCCCGCCAGGCCAUCCAGAGAAAGCUCGUCCAGGUUCUCUCACAACGUCUCUCACUCAGGUCGCGAGGCACCGGUGAGCUCAUCACCGCACCACGAUAACAGGCACGCGACGGUAAUUAAACAAAUUCCAACUCAUAGAACUGAAGAUUUCCGACCUGCGGAUGAAGCCACGGUCCCACGAAAUACUGCGCUUAGAGACACGAGACAGCUCGGCACCCAUCACCCAUCACAGCACAUACCUAGAGUCAGUUCCAGACAAGGCAACAAACACAGCUCCACGCAGACCAAGCGCCUUGCAGGGCCUAAUGUAUGUGGAGGUCACCAGUGCUGCUCUGGAUGGGCUGUGGCUUCUGGGACCAAUCGCUGCAUAAAGCCCGACUGCCAGCCCCCCUGCCAGAAUCGGGGCUCCUGCAGCAGGCCUAACACCUGUGUGUGUCGCUCGGGUUUCCAAGGGGCCCGCUGUGAGGAGGCUGCACCAGAGCAGGUGUACAUCCACACUGGAGGGUCCCUCAGGCGCAUCCAGCCAGGCACCAACCCCUUCCAACGGGAACAGCCCAGGAGAAGACCCACGGAGAGGCAAGCCAUAGACAAUCUGAGCCCCAGGGCCCAAACCCCAAGACCUGCUGCUACCAGACAGCCUGUACAGCCUGUGACCCAUGUGAGGGGACAGCCCAACCUGUCGUCUCCCCAGCAGACUGGGAUGUCUCGGACUGUCAAACGAUACCAGUCAUCCAGUGGACCCAUCACCUCCAACGCCUUGCCUAAUGGGAGCACACACGGGAAUGGACCCCCACAUAACGGCCAUAGAGCCACCACCAACGGCAUUACAAAUGGACAAGGCUAUAGUGCAGGGGGGGCAGCAGGGGCUAACCUCACCUCCGGCCUGGACCGCAUUAAGAUCGUCUUCACCCCCAUGGUGUGUCGGAAGGUGUGCAACGGUGGCCGCUGCGAGAACAGCUGCGAGAAGGGCCACACCACUACGGUGUACAGCGAGAACAACCAGCAACCCAAGACCGAAGGCUUCAGACUCUUCUUCUGUCAGAUCCCCUGUCUUAACGGCGGACGCUGCAUUGGAAGGGACCAGUGCUGGUGCCCAUCCAACUCCACAGGGAAGUUCUGCCACCUCCCAGCACCCCCUCCAGCCAGGGCGACCCCCACCCGGAAGGACGGAAACCUGGCCAGACGCAACUCUUCCUCCUACUCCAUGUACACCCUGCCGCUGUCCAAUCAGCAAGCCUCUCUACACCCAUCCCUGGUGAAUGUCCACAUCCAGCAUCCCCCCGAGGCUGAAGUGCAGAUCCACCAGGUAGCUCGGGUCAAGCCAGGCCAGAGACCCACCACGGCGGAGGGUGCGCACUCCGUUCAGCAGCGUUCCCAGCCGGGAAAUGGCAACGUCAAUGGACACAGAGAGGAAACAGGACACAGGCAUGAGAAUGGGUAUGGGAAUGGACACUCCUUCACCAAAGAGAACGGCAAUGCCCACUCCAGACCCCACAACCGUCAGAAUGGAUAUGUGGGAAGGUGCUUCCAAGAAACUAUUGAUGGCCAGUGUGGAAAGCCUCUUCCAGGCCUGACCAAGCAGGAUGACUGCUGUGGGAGUGUGGGUACCUCAUGGGGCCUGAACAAGUGUACAGAGUGUCCAGUCAAACCAGCUUAUGCAGUGAUUGCGAAUGGGCAAGUGGAAUGCCCCAAGGGUUACAAGAGGAUGAACCUGACUCACUGUCAAGACAUUAACGAGUGCCUGAUGAAUGGGAUCUGUAAGAACGCUGAGUGUCUGAACACCAGAGGAAGCUACAGAUGUACAUGUAAACCAGGAUACAUGCUAGACCCUGCCAGGAGCCACUGUGUCUCGGACAAGGCUGUGUCGGACCAGCGGGGUAUGUGUUACCGCUCGGCAUCAUCUGGUACCUGCUCCCUUCCCAUCCCUCUGCAUAUCACCAAGCAGAUCUGCUGCUGCAGCCGAGUGGGGAAGGCCUGGGGCAGGGCCUGCGAGAGGUGCCCUCUGCCUGAUACAGACCAUUUCAAGGAGAUCUGCCCCGCUGGCCACGGGUACACAUACUCCCGCUCUGAUGUGCAGAUCUCUUUAAGACAGCUGGAGGAAGAGGAGCUGAGGAGGACAGGCAUUUCCUGGGAGGCCCAGAAUCCUGGCUUAUCCCAGCUACCCCGGCAGCAGCUGCCCCUCACCCCGAAGACCCCACAAAACCCUCAACCACCCCAACCACAUCAACCACAUCAUUCACAGGAGACCCCCCAGACCCCACACCAGGACCCACAGCUCCCUCUCCACCCGGAAAUAGACACACAGCCUCCAACCAGGGAGAAUCCCAGCCAGCCCGAAGAUAGAGAAAUAUCAAACUUGACUCCUGUUGUGACCGACAUAAAGUACCCAGAUGUGAUAGAGGAGGUCACCCCUGACGCUCCUAUCAACGCGGGGCCCGAGUUACAGGAGCGGGAUUCAGCCUCCAUCAACGUGGUCACUCAGGUCACAGAUAUUGACAAGUGCUCCAUCACUCCAACCAUAUGUGGACCCGGACAGUGCGUGCCAGUUCAGACAGGCUACACCUGCUACUGCGACCUUGGCUACAAGCUGAGCGCCCUCCAGACCAACUGCAUCGAUGUAAACGAGUGUGAGGAGGACCCAUGUGGAGGGAAGGGCCGCUGUGUGAACACCUUUGGCUCCUACACCUGCCACUGCUACAGCGGCUUCAGCCAGGUCAUCACUCAGAACAGGAAGUUCUGCCAGGACAUAAAUGAGUGUGACAUGUCCAACAAGUGCCAGGAGGGUGACUGUGUCAACACUGAGGGAUCUUACACCUGUGAAUGCAAGAGUGGCUAUGCCAAAUCCUGGAGGGGGCAGUGUGAAGACGUGGAUGAGUGCCGGGAUCUCAGCUCGUGCCCCAGUGGAAGGUGUGUCAACACCCCAGGGUCCUUCCAGUGCCAGGUCUGUGGCCCCGGGUUCAAGGCUGCCAGCGGGAGAUGUCUGGAUGUCAACGAGUGCCUGGACCAGUCAGUGUGCGUCCACGGUCUGUGUGUCAACUCUGACGGAUCCUACAGAUGCAACUGUUACCAAGGGUACGAGGCGUCCACGGACCACGCCACUUGCCAAGAUGUCGAUGAGUGUCUGCUCCCUGGGUACUGCCCCCAUGGCGAGUGUGUCAACCUGCAGGGCUCCUACAGGUGCAGCUGUAGCGCUGGUUUCCAGACCACUCCUGAUGGCAGGGCCUGUGAAGAUGUCGAUGAGUGUGCUACCCGUGCUGCGUGCCCUGCGGGUAUUUGCACUAACACCGAAGGUUCCUACUCAUGCAGGAAUUGCACAGCCGGAUUCCAGCGGUCAGCGGAUGGACUGAGGUGUCAAGAUGUGGAUGAGUGCUCCCAGGCCGACAUGUGUCGGGGAGGUGUGUGUGCAAACACAGAGGGCUCCUUCACCUGCACCCGCUGUAAGGACGGAUACAGAGUGUCCCGGGACAGGCGGAGGUGUGAGGAUAUCGAUGAGUGCCAGUCUGGGUCUGUGUGUGCUAACGGGAUCUGUCUGAAUUCUGAGGGCUCCUACUCCUGCAUCACUUGUCCCACAGGCUACAGCAUCUCCCUUGACGGAGAGCAAUGUGAAGAUAUUAAUGAGUGUGCGCUGCCCAAUGCGUGCCCUAGGGGAACAUGCACUAACACUGAAGGUUCCUUCAUUUGCACCGUUUGCAAGCCAGGCUACAGACAGAUUGUGGAUGGGCUAGAAUGUGAAGAUGUAGAUGAGUGUUUGGUGGCCAACGUGUGCCCGGGUCAGCUGUGUAAGAACAGCCCUGGAUCCUUCUCCUGUCAGAGCUGUGGGGCUGGAUUCACUCUGUCUGACGACGGCUUCCACUGUCAGGACAUCGACGAAUGCCUUUCCCCGGGGGUUUGCCACAGGGGUAUUUGCAGCAACACAGAGGGCUCGUACACCUGUAUGAACUGUGACCGUGGCUUCACUCUGGCGCCCGAUGGGCUUUCUUGUGAAGAAGACGCCAACGCGUGUGAGGACAGCAGCCAGUGCCUGAGAGGACAGUGCAUCAAAGGCCCGGGUUUUUCCCGCUGCUCCUGCCCCCCGGGCCUGGAGCUGGCGGACGGGACGUCCUGCAUAGAUGUGGAUGAGUGUCGGUCGGACAGGAUCUGUGGAGAUGGGGACUGUGUGAACACGGACGGUUCCUACUACUGUAUCUGCCUGGAGGGGUACGCUACGGAGUCAACGGAGGGCGUCAGCUGCCGAGACAUCGAUGAGUGCAGUAAGGAUGGCGUGUGCAGCCGUGGACAGUGCCUCAACACGGAUGGCUCCUACCUCUGCCUCUGUGAGGCUGGCUUCAAGUACUCCCCAGACACAGCGGACUGCGAGGACCAGAAUGAGUGUAAGGAGUUUGGGAGCUCUGUGUGCGGCACCUGGCGCUGUGAGAACACCGUUGGCUCGUAUCGCUGCUUCAUGGGCUGCCAGCCGGGCCUGUUUGGAGAGGACAACCCCAACUGUGACAUCGACGAGUGCGUGAACGAGACCAUCUGUGGAGACCACGGCUUCUGUGAGAACACAGACGGGUCGUACCGGUGUCAGUGUGACCAGGGCUACGCCAACCCCCCUGCGGACGGCGGAGCACACGGCUGUGUGGACAUCAACGAGUGCGAGAUGAGCACAGCGCUGUGUGGAGAGGCCCUGUGUGAGAACGCGGAUGGCAGCUUCCUGUGCAUCUGCCCCAGCGACAAUGAGGAAUUUGAUCCCAUCACCAGCCAGUGCCGUCUGCAGGCUACUGCACACGACAGUCACACUCCUAAGCCAGCCUCCCCCAAGGAGGAGCAGAGGAAGGAGUGUUACUACAACCUGAAUGAUGCUAACUUCUGUGACAACGUGCUGUCUCGUAACACCACCAAGCAGGAGUGCUGCUGCACGGUGGGGACUGGCUGGGGGGACGACUGUGAGAUCCACCCGUGUCCUGUCACGGGGAGAGCCGAGUAUGACCAGCUAUGUCCACACGGGAUUGGUCUUCUGCCCCUGACUUCUUCUUCCCAGAGUCUAGAAAAGCAGAGUUUCAAAGAUGCGGACGAGUGUGAGAUGUUUGGGCCAGACAUCUGUAAGAAUGGACGUUGCUCCAACAUCUUUUCCUCAUACUCAUGCUUCUGUCGUACAGGCUUCUACUACGACAACAUCCGUCUGGAGUGUGUAGAUUAUGACGAGUGCCUGACGGAGAGGUUGUGUGUAAACGGGGAGUGUGUGAACACCCCUGGCUCUUUCAACUGCUUCUGCAGUCCACCUCUGGUCCUGGACAUUACUCGCCGCCGCUGCAUAAACCUUAACAUCACAGAGGAGAACGUUGAGCCUGAUCAGGACCACGGUUCGGAUAUCUGCUGGAUGGGCCUGACAGAAGGGACUGUCUGUUCCCAGCCCGUUUUAAACAAGAGGACCACCUACACUGAAUGCUGCUGUCUCCAUGGAGUAGCCUGGGGCGGAGAGUGUGCCUUCUGCCCCACUAGGGACUCUGAUGACUACGCAAACAUGUGUAACCUGCAUAGGCGAGGGGGGUCUGACAGUCUACGAGAGAGGCCAGGUUAUGAGUACGGUCCUGGGGGGCCCUAUAUGCCCCCGUACUGGGACAACUACGGAGCGGGGCCCAUCAGUGGACCGGGGGACAUCUACUACAGCCCGGAGGACACCCAGGGUAUCCCACUGUUCACAGACGACUACAUCUCACGCGUGAGAGACAGAGAGCCGCCACCUCGCGUCCCCGUCCACAGGCCGAGAGAGUUCCAACCUCGUCCCGUAGACCCGUACAACGACGGCUUCGAGGGCCUGAGAGCGGAGGAGUGUGGGGUCCUGAAUGGCUGUGAGAAUGGCCGCUGCGUGCGAGUGAGGGAAGGUUACACCUGUGACUGUUUUGACGGAUACGAGCUUGACCUCACCAAAAUGGCCUGCGUCGAUAUAAACGAGUGUGAGGACAUCAACGACAAAGUGGCGCUGUGUGAGAACGGAGUCUGUACCAACACUGAGGGGUCGUACAAGUGCACCUGCCUGCCUGGCUUCCAGGCCUCAGCUAGGCCUCAUGAAUGCAUCCAAGAGGUCCCGUUGUCUGGCCUUAAAGAAAAAGUUGCAGGAAACUAAGUUUGACCUCCUCCACCAUCGCCCUCUCUUCGGGUCUGGCACUAAACCUCCAUCAAGAACGCUAAAACGUCCAUGCUUGUCCUCUACACACACGCGCACACACACGUUGUCUCAUUGACUCUUUGGUAUGUUCUAUCCACACGCAUGAACAUUUUCACAGGCGACCAGGAUCUGUGCAGUGAAUGUAUUCAUGGGAUAUCCUAUUUCUUAAGAUUUGCAUUUGCCUUAAAGGGAUUUCAUGAGGACUGACCUUCUAUUCAGUGACCCCGGGCAUACCUAUUUUCUGCAUCUGUUUUGUCCUGCAUUUGUCUUUGUGGUUGAUUAUUUAUUUCAGGUACAUGACAAGGCUCUGCAAAGUUAGAAAGAAAACCAUUUCAGAGGGCAUAUACAGUAUGAUUUAUAUUGUUUUCUUUGUCUGACCAAUAUACUUCACUAAUGUUGAGGAGGAUUUGUUUUUGGAAGCUGGAUGAUUAAACCUGGAGGAAUCUGAUUGUUGUAAGCAUGCCACAUGUUACAUUCAUAUUGUGAUAUAGUAAGCACAUUGCUGUAAGUCACUUUGAAACCACUUGUUCUUCGAUCUGCGACCCCUUCCACUAGUCCACUUUGUUUCUCUCAGUCUGGAAAAACACUUGGACGUUCAUAACAGGGCAAUCCUACAUUGUUCAUCCCUUAAACUAAAAAGGCUCUGGUGGCAAAGUAGCCAGUCUCAAGAGCAAGAACUGGGAUCAAACAAAGUCCAGCCCAUCGUCACAGGCUAUCCCAAUGUUGCUUUGACCUAUUGCAAACGUAUACUGAGGACAGAGAGAGAGAAAGAGGAUUGAGUAUGGAAUGUUGUUUGAGAGCAUUGAGUAUAGGCUACUAAAGGCUGUAAAUGUAUAUGAUGAACUAUGUGAUAUGUUGUAUAGUGUCCACUAGCCUUCUCCUACUAAUCAGAGAGUAGUAGACACGCAUUAAGCACAUAUAAUGUCCUGUGGCAAAAGAAAACUAGUUUACAUUCAACCACAUUCAUAAUUUACGUCAGAUCCCAUGUAAGAACAAUUCAAUUGAUGCAUCUCUGAAUGUGAGCACAGGCUUUGUUGAAGAGGUUUGGGAUAUUUUGUACAGAUCUAGUACUAUGUAUUAAUUUUUUGUUACAUUCUAAUAAUGCAUAUAGUGCAACCAAUACUUUUGUUUGACAUAGAACGUUUUAAAAAAAUCCAGCAUUACAGUUUAGCAAUGUAGAUUUAUAUAUUUCUGUAAAAAUGAUUUUAAACAUAUCUUUAUGUAUGAGAAAAGUGGUUUACACUGUACCAGAGAAAGUGUAUGUAUUCUGCCCUGUGGAGCAGACAUUGAAAUGUAAUUUUAGGGAAUGGCAGCACUGUUUUCAACGCAAUGUGAUGCCAUUGAUCCUACAAGUACAAUACAAAGACAAAUGCCUUUUGAUUUGCAAGCAUUACUAGAUUGUGCCCUUAAAAGUCCACCUUUUGCCUUUAAAACAAUCUUACUGGAAACAUCUAAUUCUAGUGAUAUUUUCCAAUUAAUAUAGUUACUACUAUUAAGCAUUUCCAAGUAAACAUUGCCCUUAGAAACACACAAUUGCUGAUUGGUUAUGUUCUCAACCUUUCUAUUCAUAGAGAUCUUGCCAGCACCUAUAUUAUACAUAUUUGGAGGAUGCCUUUGUUCAAUGACUGAUGCCCUUAACCUGCAUUUAAAGAUGUUCACUGUACUAUAUAUAUAGUCUACUGUAUGAUUCAUCCCUCCACACAUUGAGGUAAAACACAUUUUGAACAUGUAUUUGAUAUUAUUUAAAGCUUUGUAAUCCACCAUUUGUGGUGUAUGCCAUGGUCAAUUAAAAUAUCAUGCUCAUUCCUUUUGUUUACUUAUCAGUCAUCAGAAUUAAAAUGUAAAAUAUCAA